AAGGUGACUGAGGGUAUAAAAGGACAAAGAGGCACUAGGCCCGGGGAAGAAGAGUAAGGCAAAAGAUAGAUGUUCAGAGCCCAGCUUUGUGGGGUCACAGGAUCCUUGAGGUCAGGGUGGAAGCUGUACCCUCUAUCCAGGUGAGUCAAGCGGCCGCUCUGGCCCGCCCACCUGUCCAGGUCCCGCCGGCCCCAACCGGAAGCUCCCUCCGCGGACUGUGCACAGUUCCUACAGGUGCUUUCCUAGCCUGGAUGCUCCUCCCAGGUCCUCCUCUGAUUCAGUCUGCUCCGCUCGCAAAUUAUCUCCGGCACUAGCUGUUCCUCCUCCAGGUACUUCUGUAACCCAGAUGCCCUUCCUCUGGGUACUCCCAACACUCAAGUGCUGCUCCCCCAGACACUCCUCUGAUUCAGAAGCUCUUCCUCCAGAUACUCUCUUAAGUCAGAUACUCCUCCUCUAGAUCAUCCCCAGCCCGGUGAUUCUCAUCCAGGAGUCUGUGCCCCGGGGCUGCCUGGCAUCUGGGAGUCUCCUUAGAGCCAGCAAUCUUCUGGCAGAGGCUGAGGCUCACUAGUGUCUUCUGGCCCCUCCAUGAGUGAGAUAAACCAAACCAUCAUGGGGCCCUCGGAGCUCCCCACAGCAUCAGCCGUGUCCCCUGGACCGGGUGGCGGGGCCCGGGCAUGGCCUGUGCUGGUUGGGGUUGUGCUGGGUGCUGUGGUCCUCUCUCUCUUCAUUGCACUUGCUGCCAAAUUCCACCUCUGUCGCAAAUACCGUGCCAGCUACCAGCACCGCCCGCUGUCUGGGCCGGGGAAGGGGGUCCGCCCCGAGGCGGGUGAAGAUGAGGAUGAUGAUGGCUUCAUCGAGGACAAUUACAUUCAGCCUGGGGUUGGUGGGCUGGGGACGGAGGGAAGCAGGGACCCCUUCUCCCUGUGAACCCUGAUCUUGAACUCCCCAACCCCCGUGCCUGACAGCUUAAGGAUAGCAGAUACUUCGUGAGAACCACACACCUCAGGGACUUGAAGGCUCGGACUUAGGGGCUGACCAGGAGUAGAGCAAUCCUCCUUUCUUUGACACUAGCCACCAAAGUGACCACGACCCUCUCUUGCUCAGUAACCCUCAAUGGCUCCCUGCUGUUCUUGGGGUAAAGCCUACCAAGGGCCAGACUAUGAAAUCAGGCCUCUGUCAGCCUUUGGUUUCCUUUCUUGCUUUUCCCUACAUUACUCCCUAUUUAACUAAUUAUUUGUUAUCCCCUCACCCUCACCCCCCUGAACAUGCUGUUUCUCCAUGGACCUUUUCUCACACUCUUCCCCUGCCUCGCUGCCCUUCUGUUCUCCCAAAUCCUCUAUGACAGUAAGGAAAAUCCUUGGCCAGUAGACCCCAUGUGGCCUGCCUAUAUGGCAGCAUUUCAGAUGUGCCCAGACAGUAACAUUUUAGCAGGUGAAAAUCAGUGUGCCAAGUUUCUUAUUGAAAUUUUUUCCUAUCAAUCAAGUGGGUAAUCGAAAUGGUUAUAAUAUAUUAUGUUUUUCAUAGGUAUGAAUAAACCUAUUUUCAUUUUAAAUAAAAAUAAAAAGUCACUCAUUUAAAAAAUU